UUAAUAAUAACGGAAAGUAAAAUAAUUUCGUCUUCCUUCUUCGCAUUCUACUCUUCCACCUUGCUGCUGCGGUGAAGUUGGCGGCGGCGGCGGCGGUGUUGCUGCUCCAUAUUUCACUUUUCUCUUCACGUGAAAAUUAGUUGCACCUAUUUUUUCCCUUAGUUUUAACUUUUAGCUGAAGGUUCUAGGGUUCUGCUUUUGGGUUGCACUUUAAUCGCAACUGAUUUUGGAAGUAUUUUGAUCCAGACAGUUCUCCGCAGAUCUAGUUCAUUUUGCUGAGCGUAAUUUUGAGAGGUUCGAGGGUUUUGGGGGUUUUGAGGUAGAUAAUUGUGAAUGACAUUUGUUUACGUGUAAAUGAGUUUGUUUACACUUAGGAGUUGCUCGAAUUUUGUGCAGGAGUUGAAGGUUACGUAAUUGUUUUAGGUGCUGUUUGAGAGCUGUGGAUAUUUGAGUACAUUGUUUUGAACUAAGGUGAUAGUUCGGAGUUAGGGAUUUAGCAUUGUCACAGAAUUUUGGGUGGUUUGUGUGAAGAGUGAAUUUGAUUCAUUUCCUUGGCUGCAAUGCAAAAGUGGAGAGGUUUUCGGUUGUUUAUUGAGUAAGGGAGGGAGAUUGUGUAAUAUGCAUAAGAAAUCAGGAUCAUCUGGUGUAAUUUUUUCAUGAUUUUCAGCUCGGGUGGUUUAGUGGAGGUGUUUGAUUGAAUUUAUUGGUUGAGGUUUUAAAAAAUGCCUCCUUCUCCGGUGAUGAGAGUUUCACCUGGGAGGGGGCUGAAGGCUGAGAAUCACAGGAGAGGGCGUAGCCUCGAGAGUGGGAUUGUUUAUCGACACAAGGAAGAUGAUCUUGCUCUGUUCAAUGAUGUGCGGAACAAAGAAAGAGACUGUUUCUUGCUUCAGUCGAAUGACAACUUUGACGACUUCUUUACAACAAAGUUGAGAGACAUAUCAGUUCAUAAGCUUGAAGGAUCCACUCCUGCUCGAGGAGAGAGUAGUGACCUGCUCAGUGCAGAGCGAGAUAAAAAUGACUAUGAUUGGUUGAUAACCCCUCCAGAAACACCUCUCUUUCGUUCUCUGAAUGAUGAGGUGCAACCAGUUAAACCUGCACCUAGGGGCAGGCCAAGGAGUCAACCUGUUUCAGUCUCACGAUCACCUACGAUGGAAAAAGAUUACAGAAGUGGUAGAGGCAAAGCAAGUCCUCAUCGCCUCAGCCCAUCACCACGGUCUGGAAAUAGUACAUUGCAAUCUCGAGGCAGGCCAUUUUCUGCCUCUUGUUCAAGCCCACCUCCUACCAUGCAGCAUCCUUCACCAGCUAGGAGAUCAUCUCCUUCACCAACUAAACAAACAUCUGGUCCAAGGUCUAGUUCGCCAACACCUAGGAGAAUAAGUACUGGUUCUACUGGUGCUUCUUCCCCAUCAAGAGUGAGAGGUUCCUCCCCAAUCAAGACGAGUCAGGGGAACUCUGUUUCACCAAAAAUAAAGGCGUGGCAGGCUAACAUUCCUGGAUUUUCCUCAGAGGUGCCUCCUAAUCUUUGUACCUCACUGGCAGAUAGGCCAGCUUCUCAUGUCAGAAGUUCCUCGCCAGCAUCUAGAAAUAGCUCCAGGUAUGGCAGGCAAUCAAUGUCUCCGGUUGCCUCCAGGAGUGUUGCUUCAUCGCACAGCCAUGACCAGGAUCAAUUUAGUCGCUACAGCAAAGAUUCAGUUGCAUCGUCUGGUGACAAUGCCACCAACUUUUCCAGAAAACCGUCACAAAAUUUAGCAAGUUCUGCUCCUAAAAGAUCCUUUGAUUUGGUCAGCCAACUGGAUCGCAAGGGCCCUCACAAUAUGUUCAGGCCUCUGUUGUCCAGUGUUCCCAGUUCGACAUUCCAUGCAGGAAAAGUAAUUGCACAUCAACGUUGUCUGAUGUCCAGAAAUUCUUCCAUGACAACUAGCAGCAGUGCUAGUUAUGAUCAAGCUGCAAGUGGUGCCCAUGACCCUGAAGGUAUUGAGCUAAAUCGGGACGAUGUAACGAGUGACUGUGUGAGGGGAAACCACCCAGUUAUGGAUGAUGAAUUAUUUGUCAUGGAGCAUGCUGAUGAUAUAAAUGAAGAUAUUGAGAAUAGAAUCAUGGAUGACUCACCUAGAAGUCAGCAUCGUGAAAAUGAUGCCCCACCUUUAGGCGUUUCUACAUUGAAUGUUGGAAGCAGCAAUGAAUUUGAUUGUUUGGAUGCUAACAGCGCCCCAGAUACUGUAAGAUGCUCAAAGUGUGGUCACGUGUUCCGCUCAGCUGAAGUGAAGGAAGAAGAUCGGCAACUUUGUCUGGAGUGCAAAUGUUUGGAAGUGCGUUCAACUAUUAUGGAUCUGGAUCCAUCAAACAUGGUGAUGGUUGGUCAGAACAAUACUUGGGAAGAUGUUCAAAUUAUAGAACAUGGAUCACAAGAGGUUUUAGACCAACUUAUGUGCAAUGGUCUGACAAAGAAAUAUAAUCUUGACACUCAAAUUUCGUACAGUGGCUCAAGUCAGAGUUUUUGUGUAGAGCUGUUUGAGGAAGGGGAGCCUACUUUAGCUAGCGAGAAAGUGAUAGAGCAGCUGAUAAGUGGCCACAAGGGUUAUGAGGUUAACUCAAGCUCAAGGCUUAAUGUUUCAGAUGGUGCAGGAAUAUCUUUGUUGCUGAAGAGAUCAAGCAGUGCUGAAAGGCAUGUUGUCCAAAGCAGGAGCUUCACUGCAAGUACCAUCAGCUGCGAUGAUUUCUCCUAUGUACCAGAGAGUUUAAAUAGCAUGAGGAGCUCCACUGGGGUCACCAGUGUUUCAGUAUCAUCGUCAAUUGAUCUGGGGUCCUCUAGGCAGGCAGAAUUUCGUAAUUCUUGGCAAUCAAGUGGUCAUAAAUCAGAUACUGAAAAUUUUCGAUAUGAGUUGCCUUCCAAGUUCAAAAGGUCUGUCUCAUCCGCAUCAAGUGCUUCGGGCCAUAUAUCUCAGGUCCGAAGUUCAACACCAGGUUGUCAUCAAGAUAAUUUUGAGGAAACACGCUUAGAUCCCCGUGAACAGUCAGUGGCUUCUGAAUUCACAGAAGCAGAAAGCACUUGCAGUAAUAUUGAAAGCAACAUUGUCUUAGAAGCCGCCACAGAACUGCCAAGCUGUUUGAUGGAUGACCAUUCAGGAGAAACUUCAGUCAAUUCAGCAUUAACUUCUCAAGAGCCAAGGCCACAUGAGAACAGGGACAACUCUAUGGGUAAUUCCCAUUACCUGUCAAUUACGGAAACUUCAUCCGCACAGUUGCGGACCUCUAAUCAAGUGGAUGAUGCCUCACCAAUUUCAUGUGCAGAUAUGGUGGGUGCUGCAGAAUUUCUCAAUCCAAAUUCUUUUAACGCAAUAUCGGAAAAUGAAAUAGGGAACGGUGAUUCUGCAUAUUACGGUUCACAUUCCAAUGUUGAUUCCCCUAAAUCAAAAGGCUGCACUGGUGUCCAAGAUGCUAGUGCUGUAAAAGUAUCUUCCAAGGAAUUUGAAAUUUCACAUCAAGCACACAUUGCUCUGGAAGAAUCACAUUCUAUCUUGGAAGACACAAGUCAGGCAAAGGCUAAAACCCUGACUCUGGAAGAAGCAGCAGACGCUAUCCUCUUUUGCAGUUCCAUAAUCCACAAUCUGGCUUACGAAGCUGCAAAUAUCGCAAUAGAUAGAGAGGCUUUAUCUGGGGAAGCUCCGCGACCAGCAGUAAUGCUGCUUGGAAAAUCCAACUUUGAAAGAAGGGAUGCACGUCCUAUAAAACGUGGUUUCAGGUCUCAGAAAGCUCGAAAACAGAGCCUGGAGGCGGAAACGGCACCUUCAUCCUGCAACGCUGAAUCUGACGAGAAGUCUAGUCCAUGCACCGUUGGCGUUUCUGACGAUGGAGCUCCUUAUAAUGGCGACAGCAUGAAGCCUCCUCCGAAGCUAGAAUCCAAGUGCAAUUGCUUGAUCAUGUAAGUUUUCUCGGGCACUUACGAUGAUCGACUUGCGUGGGUAGUUCUGUGUAGCAAUUUGAGUUCUCGCAGGAAAAUAUAUGAUUGUGCUUGCAUAGUAUUUUGUUGGUAACCAUUUGUUUUGUAGUACAGUAAGAAAUACAUGAUGUUAUAGAAUCCUUGUAAAGUUGUAAUUCUUCUUUGAGUUAAUUGCUGUUGAAGCAAUUUGUGCUCAUUGACUGUUAAUACUGCUGCCAUUACCAUAGUUUUGUAAGGUCUAUUGGUUUCUUUGCUAUUUCUUUGAUUUGAAAGCAAGUACUUAAAUUGUAUGAAUCUCCCAGUUUCUGUUAGAAAUAAAUUGCCAUUGUUACA